AUGACUUUCCAAGCACAUUCAGUUGGAAAUAAUUUUCUAAAGCCUCAAAUCAAUACUUUAGGUGAUUGUGUACGACAAAGUAAUUCAAUUUGGCGUUCACAAAACUAUUCUAAUAUACAACGUGAUCUUGAUUGGUAUAAUUAUUUAAGACGACAAGCAGAUUUACCAAUUCAACCUGGUACUCCUUAUGGUAGAAGACGAAGACAUAGAACUCAAUCCCGAACUCAAGAAGUAAUUACAUCUAAUGAUGAUGAUAUUGGUCUAAGUAAAGUAGAUUUUACUUCUGCACCAGUUACUUUAACAUGGCUUGAUUUACAAGCUAAAGCACCACCACAAGAUAAAGGUAUGAAGCGAACACUAACAAAAGCACUUUGUCCAUCGAAAGAAGUUAGUAAAUCAAAAAUGUUACUCAAAGGAGUUAGUGGUAUUGUUAAACCAGGUCAAUUAUUAGCUAUAAUGGGUGCUAGUGGUGCUGGUAAAACAACAUUAAUGAAUCUUUUAGCACAUCGUCGACCUGGAACAUUAAAAGUUACUGGUGAAGUUAGAGUAAAUGGAACAAAAAUGGGUCGACAUAUAAAUCGAGUAGCUGGUUAUGUUCAACAAGAAGAAUUAUUUAUACCAUCAAUGACAACAAGAGAACAUUUAUAUUUUCAUGCUAUGUUACGAUUGAAUCGUGAUGUAUCAAAAGAACAACGUAUUAAACGUGUGGAUGAGUUAUUAGAUUUUUUAAACUUGAAAAAAGCAGAAAAAACAGUUAUUGGUCAACCUGGACGUAUCAAAGGUUUAUCUGGUGGCGAAAAGCGACGUUUACUUUUUGCUGCUGAAGUACUUAAUGAUCCACCAUUAUUAUUUGCUGAUGAACCAACCUCAGGUCUUGAUGGCAGUAUGGCAUUUAUUAUAUGUGAUGCAAUGCGUAAAUUAUGCAAUCAAGGAAAAACAAUUGUAUGUACAAUUCAUCAACCGUCAAGUGAAAUUUUUCAAUUAUUUGAUACACUUUAUUUAUUAGCUGAAGGACGUGUAGCUUAUUUUGGAUCAAGAAAGAAAGCACAGGAUUUUUUUAGUGGGUUGGGUUUCAAUGCACCAGAUAAUUACAACUUAUCGGAUUUUUAUAUACAAACAUUGGCUAUACUUCCAUUUAACAAAGAAAAUUGCUUAGAACGUGUCGAAUAUAUUUGUGAUGAAUAUGAACAAACAUCACUCUAUGCUCAACAGGUUGCCGAAGCUCAACAAUAUCAUACUAUUGAUGAUGAUCAAACAGAGACAUCGGGUGGAUUAUUUCGUCGUUCAUCAAAAUAUAAAACUGGUUUUUUUACUCAACUUCAUUGGUUAUUAUGGCGUUCAUCUAUAGAUCAGUUUAAAAAUCCAUUUGAAUUUCGUAUUCGUUUUAUUUUAUCAGUAGUUAUUGGUGUUAUUUUUGGUCUUCUCUUCUUACGUUUAAAAUAUAAUCAACAAGCAUUUCAAAAUAUAUCAUCAAUUAUAUUUAUGUUGAUUAUUAAUAUUUCAUUUUCAAGUGUUCAACAUAAUGCUGAUAGUUAUAAUCGAGAAUUAUCAUUAUUUUUCAAAGAACAUGAUGAUGGAAUCUAUCAUACAAUACCUUAUUAUGUAUCAAGAUUUGUUCUAGAAUUACCAACACAAGCAUUAUCAAUAUUUAUAUAUGGAACUAUUGUUUAUUGGAUGACAAAUUUAUAUAAUAAUGUUCGAAGGUAUUUUAUUUUACAAGGUAUUCUUAUUUUAUGUGGUGUAGUUGCAAGUUCUGCAGGAGCACUUAUAGGUGUCUCUGUGCCUUCUCCUGAUGCUGCUGCUGCACUCGUUGUUCCAGUCGUUAUUCCACUGCUUGUCUUUGCUGGUUUUUUCAUAAAUACAAAAACAAUACCUAAUUGGCUUAUUUGGAUAAAAUAUCUUUCAUGGCUUUAUUAUUCAAAUGAAAUGGCUUUAAUUAAUCAAUGGGAAGAUGUUCAAUCACUUGAAUGUGAUCAAGCUACUAAUUCAACUUGUUUUCAUAAUGGUGAUGAUGUUCUUAAUUACUACGGUUUUCAAAAAAGCCACUAUGGUCGUAAUUUGGGUUUACUCUUUGUUCUUUUCGGUGCUUUUCGAAUCAUUAGUCUUACUGUUUUGCUUUUAAGAGCAAAAUUGCAACGACAAACAGGAUAA